CCGCCGCCGCCGGGGAUCAUGGAGCAUCUAAAGGCCUUUGACGAUGAAGUCAAUGCUUUUUUGGACAACAUGUUUGGACCUCGAGAUUCUCGAGUCAGAGGAUGGUUCAUGUUGGACUCCUACCUUCCUACAUUUUUUCUUACUGUCUUGUAUCUACUUUCAAUAUGGCUGGGUAACAAAUAUAUGAAGAACAGACAUGCCCUUUCCCUGAAGGGAAUCCUCACCUUGUAUAAUCUUGGAAUCACACUCCUCUCCAUGUAUAUGCUGGCAGAGCUUAUUCUGUCCAGUUGGGAAGGAGGCUACAACUUACAGUGUCAGAAUCUUGCCAGUGCAGGGGAAGCUGAUACCCGGGUAGCCAAGGUGUUGUGGUGGUACUACUUCUCCAAAUUAAUAGAGUUCCUGGACACAAUUUUCUUUGUUUUGCGGAAAAAAACCGGUCAGAUUACUUUCCUUCAUGUAUACCAUCAUGCCUCUAUGUUUAACAUCUGGUGGUGUGUUUUGAACUGGAUACCUUGUGGGCAAAGUUUCUUUGGACCCACUCUGAACAGUUUUAUCCACAUUCUUAUGUACUCCUACUAUGGACUGUCUGUGUUUCCAUCAAUGCACAAGUAUCUUUGGUGGAAGAAAUAUCUCACACAGGCUCAACUGGUGCAGUUCGUCCUCACCAUCACGCAUACCAUGAGCGCCGUCGUGAAACCAUGUGGCUUCCCCUUUGGGUGCCUCAUCUUCCAGUCUUCUUACAUGCUUACACUCGUCAUCCUCUUCUUAAAUUUUUAUUUCCAGACAUAUCGAAAAAAGCCAAUGAAGAAAGAGAUGGAAGAGUCACCAGCAGGGAAACAAGUUAAGAAUGGUUUUUCCAAAGCCUACAUCACUGCAACUAACGGAGUAGUAAUAAGCAAGAAAGCACAGUAAACAUCGAGUUUACAUAUGUUUUAGCAUAAACUAAUUUCCUUUGAGUUUAUAAAUCAUUUGUACCCAGAAUGUAUUAAUAUCUUGCUGUUAGGUUAACUGUUAACUGAAUGCUUCUGUUAGCAUUGAGGUGAGGCUGAACUCUGUAGACCUCAGAACUGGUACAACUUCUCUCUCUCCAUCCCCCCUAUUCUUCCUUCCCCCCAAACUUAACCACUCACCAAAAACUGUCUUUACAAUGCCUUAUAUACAUCAAAGCCAGGAAACAUGAAGCAUUGUUUUUCACAGCAAGUCUUCAAAUUAAAAGUUAAGAGUUUUGUUCACAUUAAAAUGUUUAAAACAAUGUUAAUUAUCUUAUAAAUACAGGGUAUGUUCUAAUCUAUAUUAAGCAAUAAUUGUCAGUGUAUAAAGUAAUUAGUCCCUUUGUUCCUUUACCAUGUUUCCCUGAAAAUAAGACCUAGCAUGAUUUUUCAGGAUGACAUCCCCUGAACAUAAGCCCUAAUGCAUCUUUCAGAGCAAAAAUUAAUAUAAGACCCGGUCUUAUUUUGGGGGAAACAUGGUAGGAAUCAACCCCAGAAAAUAUUAGAAUAGCAUCAUAAAUGGUAAAUGUAGCAAAACUUUUCUCUCUCUUAAAAUCUGUCAAGUUCCCAUAGCCACUCCUAAUUCUCAACUUAGUGAUAUGGUAAUGAAAUUUGUAUUUUUUCAUUUUGAAGAUUAGUUUUUCUAAGAAAAAAAAAAUCUUCUGCCAAACCCUCAUAGCUCAGGGGUCUUGAAUAGGAGCUGUUCCUCAGUUUUAAUUUGGUUUCUUUAAUUAUUCACAUCUACCUCUUGUGUUAAGUUGCCCAGGUUAAGAUAAUAGACAGACACAAUACUCAGUAUUAAAAAGCAAAAUCUCAACCUGGCUGCUCAUUGCUUUCUGAACAAGGACUCAAGCCCCCUCUGCCAUUUUCCUUAGACUGAUAGGCCCCUGGGAUACUUACAAAUCAGAAUUAACAGAGCAAUCGGGGCAGAUAGACAUUGAAUUUGUCAACUAGUUCUUGUGAGCCUGUUUGUGAAUAUUGUUCCCAAAUACCUGCUGUCACUCUUUGCGGGUUAAGUUUUUGGAAAUUGGAAGAAAAAAUUAGAGGACUAUGGAAAGAUUUCAGCGCUGAGCUGUGAGCUGGUCGUGAGGUGCACUGAAAAGUGCCGAUUUGGCAAACUCAGCGCACCCUUUCGCUGCUCGGGUAACACAACCUGUAUCUACUGAGAAUCAAGCACAAAAGCAGAAGACGGCAUGAAUGAGUAUUUCCUUUCUCCCUAAAGGUGGGACUGUUACUUACUAUUACACUGUACCAAAAAUGGAACCAGAAUACCUUCGGAAGAUUUGAUGACUUAUACCCUCUAAAAGCAUUUAUACCCUAUCCCUUCUUUUUAAAAUAAGUUUUUAGGUCAUAAUGUCGAUAUCGAAUGCUUGAGUGCCAGAAAGGCAUCGUCACCACUGCCCCAGCACGUCCCAGUACGCCUGGGAGUGCCUUUUCUGCCCCCUGAGCUCUAGUUUUUAAAUUAUUUUUUCUAUUUAGAGAAAAACAACCACACUGACUUUUGUACUGACAUUGUACGCUGACAAUGUACUGACUUUUCUAACUUCUCUUUCAUGUAAACUACCCACUCAGGAUUCCGGCCCACUUUUUGAACGGUGACUGAUCCUAACCUAGUCUUCAUGAUGAAAGUGUUGUGCCCUGUAACUUCCCUUCUUUAGGAGUUGACCCAGUUCUGGUGGACAGACAUCUCUGUCUGAUGCCCACUUACUCUUGGAUUUAUUUUUCUAGAUGGUUUUCUAAAACUGACUUGCGCCAGGGUGCUUAAUCCCCACUUUCGUCACAUUAUAACUGUAUAACUGUAUUGCUGUAAGUAUUGUUCUCCCCUAGAAACUCAUCGUAAAACAAGGGCUAGCUUCGAGCACGACCAUUACUGCUCCCCUGUGACAAACACACCUUGGAGUGAGGAGAAAGCCCUUGGAGCAACUGGACUCUAGUUCAGUUUUAAGUCCCAAACAUGGGCUAAAAUCCAGGUAAAAAUGAGACUCAGAAGACACAUCACUAGUCAUUGGUUGUAUUCACCUUAUUCUUAACUGUCAGUGAGUCCCUGAAGUCUCACCAGUCGGCACCAUACCUUCCAUCCUGGGCGCUUUCAUGGGCUUCCUGUCUGCAGAGCAAGGCGGAAGCCAUCGUUCAGCAGAAGGCCAAGGCCGAGGAGCUCUACUUACAGAGCAGCUUGAAACCUCCCAGAUCAAAGGCGAAAACUUGGGUAGUGUACACUUUCAAGCUCAAUUUAAAGGUUUCAGGAUGAUUUCCAAUUGGUCUUUAACUCUAGAGAAGCUUAAUAAAACACUAAUCGCCUUAAACCAUUCAAGGGCUGAUAAAAAGACACAGAGCUAAGAACUCUUAGCCACAAAAAAUGAAUCAGGUAAAUAUUUUCACCUGUCAUUAAGUGUUACAACUUUGAAAAACAAACUGUCUAUUUAUGUGAUUUUCCUAAAACAAAACUGUAAAAUAAAAAAAAAAAAAUUAUAUAAUCUAUAACGAAAAAAAUGGAAAAAGUUUUUCCCAAAUGUCUUCUUAUUCAUAAGAAUGAAAACAUUUAAAUGAAACCAUAAGCAUAUCUGUCAAUAAUUCCCCCAGUUUUUUAAACUAACAAAAUAAAACUUUUACUUAAUGGAAUUAAACAGAGAGAAAUUUUCAACCCUUCAAAAUUAUAUAUUGAACUAUUUAGGCAUUUGGGGGGUGAAAUGCUCCCACCACCAUCAGGAAGGUAUUUAUAUUUUAAAGCAAAGUGACAUAAACUGUGAUGGGUAGAACAGCACUUUGUGUGUAGAGGCCAUUCUGGUUCUUUCUAAUAUUUCCCUGUCAUUUUAUGAUGUUUCUGGGGGCUUCCUUAUUUGGAAAAUAAGGAUAUCACUUUUUUGGUUUUCCUUUGAAAGUACUUGUACCUUAAGAACAUAGUAUCAUGAUUGGGGUGGCAGGGAGGCAGGAGAAGCCAUUUUUCUUUGUAGAUAGAUAAAAAGCAUUCUGUAUGAUUGUUGUAUAAUAAACUGAUUUUUACACUAAA